AUGGAUAUUCUCUAUCUUCGACUCCAACAGCCAGUCAAGUACGGCCUUGGUCAUUACGGACGCAUUCUCGGUCCCUAUCUUCAUCAAAUCUUCAGUACAUGGAGUGAAGUGAUCUUGCCGCCCCCCCUCACGACCAUGCACUCGCUAGACCUCCACCACAUCCCCCUCUGGGUCGCAGCUGGAUGCACAACAGCCCAACGGCCUCUCAGAUCACUCACACGCACAGCACACCUCUUCACGACCCUCAACUACCCGAUUCUCCGACUCUGGGAUGUCAUUCAAGGCGACUCCGACAUAUCGCACGCCUUCACCGAGAUGCUUCACUGGCUAGCACCUUCUCGCACAGCAGCAGCUGCAGGUCCAGCGGUUACAACACAUCUGCAGCCUCUUUUCACGCGAUUUCGACAUGUCAGUUCGGCCCCCACUUCCAAGUCCAUUAACAUGCUGCCCACCACGACUGGACGAUCGAUCCCAAGACCCUGGAACUUACCACGCCCUUCACCAUACGUAAAAGACUUCACCAGACCACGAGCACAACUAUCCCUCUACCAAGACUUGGCAUACAUCGGCCGGUUCAUUGGCACUGCGUGGCAACGCGAGAUCUCCAUGGACAAGUCUUUACUACCCGUUUUUCGAGACGUGAGAUUCCGCCUCCAUCACAAUGCUUUGGGCUUCCUAUACAAGUACGCCUGGCGUUCGGGCUCAACAACUUGUGUACACGGCUGCAACUCAACGGAAGAUGCCAAACACUUGUUCUGGGACUGUCCACAAGCACAACGAGUAUGGCAAUACUAUCUGGCACCGUUUGAAGACAUCAGCGGCAAGCUACACUGGCAAGACAUCCUGUUUACUGAUUCCAUCAGCAUCAAGACAGAACACAAGACAACCUACCAAGACAGCUUCUUUUCCCUUCUGCGCUUCAUCCAGGCAAUUUGUUUCCGACAACUUUGGCUUCAACGCAACCUCCUUCUGUACGAUGAAGCUUUUCCAGACUCGCUGGCACUCGGCGCCGAAGCUCAAGCGUACCUAUGGCUUCACAUACAAGCUUAUCUCAAGCGUAUCGAAGGCCCAGACAAGCGGAAACUUCACCGCUUUUGUUCACAACUGCUCCACGGCGGUCCACACUACCAAGCCUUCCUCCCAGACACUACUUACCUACACCGAACCGCCUGA